CGAUGAGUGAGCAAUGAUUCCCCUGCCAAAUCGAAAAAAUCUCCCUGCUAGGCUAGGCACCAAGCCAAGCAAAUCCACUCGAGACCAGACCGGCGACGGCGGCCCCGCGUCCGUCGCCAUCAAAGCCACCGCUGCGGUCGCUCCUCCGGGACCCCUCCUCCUCCGCGGACCACCGCCAGCGCUCGACAGCAACACGCGCACGCCCACGCGCGAAGAGUCAACAGGAGAGAGACUGGCGGUGGUGGAACUGGCAGUAGAAUAAGCUUGCGUCGAGUGGGAGUUGGCGAGGCAUCGCUCGCUUCCCCUCCACCCCACUCUGCCCACCGAGCGCCAGUGGAGCGCUUACUUGACUUGACCUCGCCGCCUCCUGCCCUCCCCCUCCCCCUCCCCCUGCCGGCGCCCGUUCUUUCCUCCCCUCGCCGGACGCCCACCGCCGGAGCGGAAGAGGGGGGAAUGCAGCCGCCGCAGCAAUACCCGCCGGCGCCCGGCUCCUGGGGCGGGGUCGCGGGGGCCAGGGCCGGCGCCACCACCGUGGAUGAGGCGUCCAUGGAACGUAGCAAGAGCUUCAUCAAGGCCCUGCAGGAGCUCAAGAACCUGCGGCCGCAGCUCUACACCGCCUCCGAGUACUGCGAGAAGUCCUACCUCCACAGCGAGCAGAAGCAGAAGGUGCUGGACAACCUGAAAGACUAUGCCUUACGAGCCGUCGUCAACGCGGUUGAUCAUCUGGGUACUGUUGCGUACAAACUGACCGAUCUUUUCGAGCAGCAAGCUUCCGAGGUGUCGACAUAUGAACUGAAAGUCGCACGCCUGAACCAGCAAAUCUUCACAUGCCAAGUCUACACAGACAAAGAAGGCCUCAGGCAGCAGCAGAUGAUGGGAGCAAACAUCAAGCACCACAAGCACUACAUCUUACCCCCCACUGGUUAUAAAAGAUCCCUGGCAAAUGGACACCUGCAAGCGGACACUGAUCAGGAAUCCAAGCCUAGACCUUACCCCUCCGCAAAAACCCUUUCCUGGCAUCUGUCUUCGGAGAACAGCACCAAAGCAAACGCACAUAAGCCUACAUUUGCCCUAGUGGACACGGCACCAUCAAAACCUUCAUCAGGUAAGGAGCGGUCUGCUUCUCCUAUGCGCAGGCCGCUGCAGUUCAACAGGAGCACCAGUUCUGAUACUACGCAGAAGGUUGGCGCUAAGAACAUAUCUGGUGUAAAGGAACUUUCAACAUUCCAUUCCUUCGACAACCCCAAAGGUCGUGCGAUCCAAAAGGCCCCUGUUGGCACUAAAAGCAUGCUGGCGGCUCUCUUCAUCAGACACAAAUCGUCCAAGGCGAAAAGGAUCGCAGUUCGCUGACGAGCGGGGGCCGGGUGGGGGGCGGCGACAGCACUGUAAAUUUCAUUCUGUGGAGGACCGGAAGCCUGUUAAUUGUACAUCUGGCCUAUCGUUAUGUGUUGGGGCAGAGUCUGUAGCCGUAUUUCAUUUCAGAAUAUGACAUCUUGCAGGUGACCGAAAUGUAAUGAUUUCGCAUAAUCUCAUCUUGGCAUUCAGCAUAAAUAAAUGCAUCUUGGAAAUA